GCGGGGACUCACGGAGAGGGACAGCGGGCGAAUGUCGGUGCUUGUGGCCUCUCAGGAGGUUGUCCAAACAAGGCGAAAUCUGUUGCUUAAUAUGAAGAAAAGCAGAGGUCGGACAAGUCGAAAAAGAAGAAGAAAACACUUGAAGAGUUUUAUGGAUGGAGUCAACUGCAGUCACAAGCUGGAAUACAUUAAACUUAAGAAGUGGCUAAAAGAGAGAGGAUUUGAAGACAGUAAUUUAAGGCCAGCAGAGUUCUGUGAGACAGGAAGAGGAUUGAUGACAACAAAAGCUCUUCAGGCAGGAGAUCUGAUUAUUUCAUUGCCUGAGAAGUGUUUGCUCACCACGGACACUGUGCUCAGCAGCUGCUUGGGAGGACACAUUGUGAAGUGGAAGCCCCCCGUGUCUCCUUUGCUGGCUCUGUGCACGUUUCUGAUAGCAGAGAAACACGCCGGGGAGAAAUCCCCAUGGAAGCCCUACCUGGAUGUUCUGCCCAAGACUUACACUUGCCCUGCUUGUUUGGAACCUGAUGUAAUAAAUCUCCUCCCAAAACCCUUAAAAAAGAAGGCUCAGGAGCAAAAAGUGACCAUCCAAGAGCUGUUCAGGUCUUCCAAAGCUUUCUUCUCUUCGCUGCAGCCUUUAUUUGCUGAGAGCACGGGAACAAUUUUUAAUUACAGUGCUUUGGAGUGGGCUUGGUGCACUGUAAACACCAGGACAGUCUACAUGAAACAUCCACACAGGGAGUGUUUUUCCCUGGAGCCAGAUGUUUAUGCAUUGGCACCGUAUUUAGAUUUGCUAAACCACAGCCCAAACGUUCAGGUCAAGGCUGUGUUUAACGAGCAGACGAGGAGCUACGAAAUUCGGACAAAUUCACGGUGUGAGAAAUAUCAGGAAGUUUUUAUCUGCUAUGGACCUCAUGAUAAUCAGAGGCUGCUGCUGGAGUAUGGAUUUGUUGCCACGGAUAACCCCCACAGCAGUGUUUAUGUCUCAACAGAUACUCUCCUCAAAUAUUUCUCACCACUGGACAAGCAGAGAAAGGCCAAAAUUUCCAUUCUAAAGGAUCGUGGUUUCCUGGAGAACCUGACCUUUGGCUGGGAGGGACCAUCCUGGAGACUCCUCACAGCCCUCGAGGUGCUGAGUCUGGGAGCAGAUGAAUUUGCCUGCUGGAGGAGGAUCCUGCUUGGUGAUGUCCCUUCAGCCAGGAAUGAGCAGCAGGCUUUGGCUACAGCAGCAAAAAUUUGUCAGUUUUUAACAGAGGAGACCCAGCGUGUCCUUCUCCAGAUUUCCCAGUUGAAAAGGGACAAAGAGAACCUCAAAUCCCACCUGGCUUUGGUGGAAAUGCUGCGCUCAGAGGACCUCAAGAUCCUUCAAAAAUCAGCUGAGAUUCUUUGCAACUUGAAUUCAGGAGCAACUUGAGCUCCCUGGAGCUAUGACAGCUCUGGUUGGUCAGGGAUUAUUGCCGGAUUAUUACUCUUUAUAUGGACCUGAGCAGCAAAGGAAUAAUUUAAAAAUUCAUCAGAAUAAUUUUGUUCUUUGCUGACCCUCACACAGAAGGUUCUGCUGAAGUGGAGAGCUCGAGCUCCUUGGUUUGGAUAAAAGAGAAUUUUUUUUUUAAGAGGGCAUUUCAGGGCAGGACCCUUAUUUAAACUGCAGAAACUCCAUUUGGAAUUGUGAUUCUCUUGUGAUUAUUUUCCAUGACGUGAUUUUAAGCAGUGUUUAUUUUUUGUAAAUACAUGACACCAUUUUCUACAAGACUCGUCUCUUUUAUUUUUCUAAAAUGCUUUCUGCAGCUGAAACUCCAUUUCUUACAUCCCUGAGGCCAGUUUACCUCCAGGAUUAUGUUUUUAACUCACUCCCCGCCACAUUUUACACUUUAAUCAGUCUCAUUAAGCCCUGAUCAGUUUAGAUUGGCUAUCAGGAAUUUAUUUUCAUGGGAAGGGUUGUAAAACAUGGGACAGGAUACCCGGGGAAGAGUCACCCAUCCCUGGGAGUGUUCAAAAAUGUGCAGGUGGCACUUGAGGGCUUGGUUUGAUGGUGACCAUGGGGUGAUGGUUGGACUUUGAGCUUAAAGCCUUAAGAAUUCUGGGACUUUCUGCCUCUGGAGUGCCUCCUGAGAUUCCUUUUUGGGAUUUGGGGAUGCUGUUCUGUAGGGGAUUCUCACCAGUUUGCCUGCAGAUCCUUCUGCGCCGCUGCCUGGCUCAGCCCCUGCCCCUGUGACUCUUUGACC